AUGGAUAAAGGUGAUCCUAUUCCCAUUAAUAAUGAAGAAGAGUUUACAUCAAAUGGUUCUAUUGUAUCACCACCAACAUACACAGUUCAAGAAAUUGAUGGAAAAUUAUACAAUUCUAAUUUAGGUAUUUGCUGGCCAAAAAGACCUCAAUUUGGUUAUCAUUCAUUAACUGAAUAUAAAAAAAGGAAAAAACAAAUAAAAAAUAAAAUAAAAGAAGAUUUAAAAAAACAACAAAAUUUUGAGAAAUUAGCUCAGAUUUCUGAAGAAAAUAUGGCACAAUUAGAUUAUGAACCUUAUACCUAUGUUGGAUGUAAAAGUCGAAGUGAAAUAACAAAACUUUUAAAGAAAAAGACAUUAUUUUAUAUUUACCAUGAAAAUGACGAAUCUGGUAGUUUAAAAUCAUUGAAUUUACCUUUAAAACUUGCUUACAAAUCUUCCGAUGGAAAAAAUUUCUUCUUCAGAAUUAAUAGAUCAAAGAGAAAUUACUGUUACAUUGAGUAUGGACCAAAAAUGCGUAGCGAAGUAUACUCAUGUUUGGAAAAAAUGAUAGAAUGCUUAAGACUAUAUGGACAUAUGGAUUAUGAAAAAGGAACUUUUGAUAUGUUUCCAAUAGCUGACAUCGAAAAAAAAUUAAACAUAAUGUAA